AUGUUCGACGUUUCGUGGACUGAUCCUACACGGGAAACCGUUGGCCAGAGGAAACAUCGCAAGGACCAAGCGUCUACCAGAGGAUCAUCGCCGUCAAUACGGAGCUCAAAUUCCAGCGACUCAGCCAAGUCAAUUAAGCACUCUAUCUUUGGAUUCUUUGGCAGUGGAAACAAGAAGAUAUCAGCUCCAGCAGCAGUGACCUCUCCCAAAUCGCCCGCAUUCAGAACCGAACAGUCUUCAAAAGUUUCUCGUCGAAUGUCAAGCUAUACCAGCACUUCGGAGACAUCAACACAAGAGGUACGUGAAACGACUACGACAACUAUCACACGUAUUCCAGUAAAUGGAUUCUUUUCAGCAGUUCAACCGUACCAAGAAUCCGAGAGAAGUCCUUCGGACGAGUCUAUUUUCUCCGGUUAUACUGGAAGAUCAGCCGGAACCAAGUCGUCAUGGGGCUCUAUGGCCGAUGGACAAAGCAAGAAUCGUUUCAUUCAGCCUCUGAGCCCAAAUUCUUUUGUCACUCAAAGUACUGAGAUCACUGUCGCCCCAAGUGAGGAUUUCAGUGCCUCGGAACAACUUGCUACAGUCGUUCAUAUCACUUCAGGAACAGUUCCAAUCCAGAUCCAAGAUUCCACCAUAAGAGAAACUGCUUUAUCAUCAACUUCCUCAACAUAUGACUUCCCACUUCCACCUACACACAAUCCCGAAACUCCAAAGAUACCAAGCUCUCCCAAAAUGUUAAGCUCUAGAAGUGACAUCGGUGCUAGAACCACCGAGUGGUCAAUUACAGCGCGGAACAGACGCUCAGAUUCGUGGAGACCUCCCGAAACAUGGGCAUGUCCGGCAGAAGAAACGGCAUCAUCAGUAGCCUCAUUGAAGUCUUCGGGGUCGCGACGAAGGAGAAAAGCUCGUGGUCGUAAUCGCUCACCUUCUAACUCGGAGCAGACACAUUUGCAAAUGAAUAUUCGUAAAAUGGAAGCCGCAAGCAAUAAGAUUAUUCUUGAAAGAUUGAAGGAAGAAUGGAUGCAAGUAGCCGACGCUUCCGUAUAUCGAGAACUUGAGCUGGAAAAACAGCUUUGGAUGCUCACUGCCUUGAGGGCGAUCAACCGCGUUGCUAAAACCCGCGAUGCUUCCCGGGCGCUCACUGGAGCACCGCAAGUUGGAAAGAUGCUUUCAUUGUAUGAAAAUCACGAAAUCCCAGUCUCGCCUGCCUCAAUUAGUGCCGUUGCAGCCACUCAACCUGGCAUUCUUUAUUUAACCAUCCUCGAUCCUUGUCCAGUUCCCUCCUCACUUGGCCCGCGCCUGCGAGCUUGGCUCGAUACUCACCUAACAGUAAAUCUUGAGAAACAAUUUCGCUGUCUAAACCCUACCCGUCUAUUUCCAUUAUGGUUGGCAGAUGCCGGACUAUGGGCUGAGGGAAGCUGCACAUCGUCUCUGAAAUUCCUAGCUUGUGUUGGCAUCGUAAAUGGAGAAGAACAGGUAGAAUGGCAGCUAAAGAGUGUCAUGGGAAGAAUGUUGUGGAAAGAAUUGUGGGGAAGUUAUGUCGAAGGUGGUAAGUGGUGGUGGGAUGAUGCUGGAAUUGUGGAAGAGUGCGAGAGGAUGGGAACUUGUUGGGCUGGAAGUAUAAUUGAAGCUGUAAAGGAAGGAUAA